CUUUUCUACAGCACAACUCACUUCAGCACCUGCGCCCUCCGAGUCGUACCCAUUCCCUCCUUCAGCCUCCCUCAGCUUCAGAUUCACCCCUAGCAAUCAUGGUGUACUCCAGGGGCACAGAUAAAGCGGUCGCGCUGCCUACUCGUAUCAGACUGAACACGGACAAUUCAACUGCGAACUCGGUGUUGGAAGCUUUUAUCAAUGUCGGCCUAGUGGGCGCCUCUCAGGCUCUGGCACACGAGGCCUAUGAUGCUACCAGACGGGAGGGAGUGACCAAGCACCACCUUGAGAACGCGGGUAAGAGGGCUUUCAGCGAUGCUCUCGAGUGGGGCGCUGUGGCUGGAGUGUACGAGGGUAUGCAGAUUGCCAUCGAGCGCGUCCGUGAGCGGAGGGACUGGGUGAACGCUGCUGUUGCUGGCGGUGCCACCGGAGCCAUCUUCUCUCUGCGCCGCGAGACUGGUGCCCGCACCAACAACCACAUUGUCACUGCCGCCAUCACCGGUGCUGCCGUGUCCACCGCCGCCGAGUUCCUCCGCCAAUUGUAGACACCUUGUAAAUAGAUAGUUAGUUCUGUGUUGCAAGUUUUGAAAAAGGCAAGGGUCUAAGAAAUCUUGAGGGCAUGAGAAAACAUUGCAAGCUGUAAGUUGCAAAGCUGGCAUUGUUUUUGAAACAAAAGGUACACGUUAUGUCAUUGUGCAACCUUGUUUAUGAUUUAAAUACUGUACUUCGUGGUGUAAACUUCUGUUAUUCAAAUCCUCUGAGAGGCUCGUGUCCUACAUUUAGUUGGCAUUUGCAAAUUUUGAC